AUGCAACUGGUAUCAUUCCUAGAAACAAACAAUAUUUUGCCGUCAAUACAGUCUGGUUUCAGGAAGAACCAUAGCACGGUAUCUGCUCUCAUGAAUAUCACUGAUGAUAUACUUGCGGAGUCGGAUAAGGGUCGAGGUACAGUAUUGCAUUUCUCUUUCCAGGCUAUGAAGCAAAAUGUAAUACAAAACAACGUGCCAUUGAAACAACACACGCAAACCGAAAACAUGCAAGCUCAUAUGACGCAGCAAGAAGCGCAUUAUCUGCAGCAAAAACAGAUGAUGAACCCGCUCUACAAUGGCGGUUACCCACAUAUGCCUCCAGACAACAGCCAGUACCAGGGCCAGUAUCCACCAAAACACGAGAACAUAAACUACAACCACGUUCAACAGGGCAUCACAAACGCUUACGAUCAAAAAGGCAUGUUUGAUCACCUCAACAAAUAUCAAGACUACUCAAAACAACCGCAAUACAGUCCGAAUAGUACAACGAGUUCGAACAGCAACCAACCCUCGAAGGAACUCAAGAUAAACGAACAAGAGUUCUUGCCUGAAUUCGCAGCUAGCAAAUCCGAUCCCAAAUAUCAAACGUUGCCAUACAACACGAAAUUCCCACAGAGCACCAAUGGCAAACAAAAACCCGAAGUCAACGGUAAAAGCAACGAAGUACAAGACAAAAAUCAAAACGCAGCGAACAUCAAUGUAAAUCAUAUGACUGUACAUUCGACGCCAUUGACUGUUGUAAACAAAAGUCUAGCGACGCCUCUGAGUCAGAUGGAGACAUAUCAACAGGAACAUACAUAUCAGUUACAAAAAUCUGACUCGUCAAGUAGAUGUAACCAAGAGGGUAAAGAGAACCAUGCAUAUCCACAGAAUUCUAGAUUAAGUCAAAACAAUAGUCAGAGUAACGACGACUCGAAGAGCAGCGCGGGGAAGAGUCAACAGGGUAAUUUGAAGGGUAGCUCACCGAGUUUGGGAACGAACACCACGACGGCGAGCAGUUCAAUAGGAUUCGGGAAACCCGUAUCGAGUGUAGCACCCACAUCGGUUCAGGUCUCCGGGAAACCGUCACCCAUUUACCAGACAUCCUCCACAAAGAUCCAACCGGUCCAGCCACAGACCGUUCAGACCCAAAGCGUCACGAGUCAUGUAGCUAGUAACGCGGCGCCUUCCCAACCCCAGAUGAUUAGGAACACUGCGUCGGGGCUGUCGGCGAGCGCGGGCUUCGGCUCCAACGCGUCGGCUCAGAGCCUGCUGCUGUCGCCGCCGCAGGGCGCCAGCACGCCGCUGGCCACGCCCGACACCAGCACCGACAAGUCGCCCAAGCCGGCCUUACCUCCUAAGCCUACCAUUAAGACACCUCCGCGACAGUCAGCAAACAACGACGCGGGUUUCAACCAAAACACGGAUUCGACUCUACCCACCAUACCCAUCCCCGACUCAUCGAGCGAGGAGCCUCAGCAGAACCAGAAGGAAUCUAGCAACGGCAGCAGCAGCAACGAGAUGAUCAUCAAAGCUCGUCCUCUCACCAUCCGAAAACCCCCUCUUAGCGAGCAACCUAAGCUGCGAAACCUGAACUCCGCCAAAAACGGAAUAAGCGUCAGCAUCAACCGUCGCAUAGAAAUGCCACCGGCAUUCUUAUUCCCAGAAAUGGACCACCUAACGUUAGAUUCAGGGGAAACGCAGAACGGCCUGAAAGAUAAGACGAAGAAGGAUGAAGUGGAUCGGGCGUUGAAUAAUAACAUAUCAAUAGCGAGUGAGAAAGAAGAUAGCAAAGACAACGUUGUGGAUAUAGCGGAGCAGAUUAGCUCGGUGGAUUUGAACGGUCAGGAUUCUCAGGGCUCUGAGAAUGUUUUGAGGCGGUCAAAGAAGGGCAACUUGAAGCAGGGCGGCAAGGCGCCGCUCACGAGGCGAGUGAGCUUCGACCCCCUUGCAUUGCUACUGGAUGCAAGUCUGGAGGGAGAAUUGGAGCUGGUCAAGAAAACGGCGACGCAGGUGCAGAACGCAAGUGCAGCGAACGACGAAGGAAUCACAGCUUUACACAAUGCCAUCUGCGCUGGGCAUUUUGAGAUAGUUAAGUUCCUGGUAGAGCUGGGCUGCGACGUGAACGCGCAGGACUCAGAUGGUUGGACGCCGCUGCACUGCGCCGCUUCCUGCAAUAACCUGCCGAUGGUGCGCUUCCUCGUCGAUAAUGGUGCGUGUAUAUUCGCUACGACGCUGUCUGACCACGAGACGGCGGCGGAGAAGUGCGAAGAGGACGAGGAGGGUUUCGACGGUUGCUCCGAAUAUCUAUACAGCGUCCAAGAGAAGCUCGGCAUCAUGAACAACGGCCUAGUGUACGCGGUGUUCUCGUACCAAGGCGCGCGCGCAGACGAGCUGUCGUUCGCGGGCGGCGCGCGCCUGCACGUGCUAAGGAAGGGCGACGACGCCGAGCGCGAGUGGUGGUGGUGCCGCGAUGAUAGCGCGCGUGAAGGAUACGUGCCCAGAAACUUGCUCGGGUUAUACCCAAGAGUAACCACGCAGCAGGAAUGAAGACGAAUAAACAAUGACCUGAUAAUCAUUAUAAUAAUGUAAAUAUCGUUGCUCUUAUUAUUUUUUAUGUAUUUAUAUCAACUGUAAUCUAAAAAUUAUAGAUAUUGUAUACAAUUUUAUCAGAUCUAAUAUUUUGUAAAUAUUUAACUAAGUUCAAAACGAAUGAGAUUAUAUUGUACAUUUUAUAAAUAUGUGAGUCAUUUAAAUAAAUAUCGGUCAUACAAUUUGUAUAUGCUCUUAGUAAUGUCUGCAAAUAUUGUGAGAUAAACACAUAACUGACAAUACAAAUAAAUGAAGAGUUAUCACGAAAUUA